AUGCUGCGGCUUUUGGCUUUCUGCAGCCUUCUUCAAUUUACGUUGGCUUUUCCUAUGGGAAUGCGAAGAGCGAACUAUUCGGACAAUUUUGCCCGCACGAAAAUGCUGCCGCUGGCAGCAGCCGCCUACAGUAACUGGCCACAAGAGUGCCUCGAGAAUCGCUUCGUAAAUGCAACGCUGAAACGUCAAGUGAAUGUGACAUGUGGUCCGUUUGCAAACAACGACGUAUGCUCCGGAUUUACGGCCGUUGUCCGCGGCAACAAGGCGAUUGUCAUCAGUUUCAGAGGAACGGACACGUUUCUCCAGCUUGUUGCGGAAGUCGACCUAAGCGUCUUUUAUGAAAAGAUUCAAUGGACUGCUGGUGGAUACGUAUCGAAAUACUUUUACGAUGGUUUCAUGGGUUUGUGGAACGCUGGUAUGAGGGAUGAUUUUAUCGAACUCAUAGGAAAAUAUCCAGAGUACGAAGUUUGGGUGACCGGGCACUCUCUUGGGGCCGCUAUGGCCUCCUUGGCCGCUUCCUCAAUUAUUGCUAACGGCCAGGUUCCAUCCAGUCGCGUGAAAUUGGUCACAUUUGGACAACCACGAGUUGGUGACUAUCGCUACGCAUGGGCACAUGAUGUACAGAUGGCGUACAGUUUCCGUGUGACGCAUUGGAGGGACGUGGUGCCACAUAUUCCACCCGAGUACUUCUUGGACUACUACCAUCACGCAUCAGAGGCUUUCUAUCCUCUAAACAUGACCGUCGGUGCCAACUACACAGUAUGCUACGCCAACGAGAGCGAUCAGUGCAGUGACGGGCUGCUUGACACAACGUCGAUCCAGGAUCACCUGCACUAUUUCAACGUCGACGUGAGCGCUUACGGCAUUAACGGCUGCAACACAGUAAUGGAUCCUACAAAUGCACAG